AUGACUACUACACUUCAAGUCAAAGAAGAGACCUAUGCUUCAGCCUUAUCCGUAAAGUCUGGAAGCACUCUAUGCACACUCUCUGACUCCGAGACAUUAUUUCAACCGUCGCGUACUCUGACUGUUAAUGCGCGGGGCAUCGGCGCCUUCCGCCUUCCAGUACCAUCUCGUCAGACUGAAGUGUCUAUUUACAACGAAGACGGAACAAAGGCCUAUCUCUCUACCCGUGAUAAAAUCUCAUCGGGCAAUGCUGUUUUAUCCAACCAAAGCGGAAGUCUGAUCCGGACUGAAUACUUCUUCGGUCCGAACCGAGAUCCCGUCUUGCACUUGCUUCAGGCCAAUGAGUCCGAACAGGUGACGGUCAAUGGAAAUUGGACUUCACGUACUAUGCAAUUUGUGAUGCCUGGAGGAAGACAAUUUGAAUGGGGAUAUGCGAAGGAGAAACUGGCGGACGGUCGGAAAGUUAACCUUAUUGUUUUCCGCGCGAUUGAGAAAAUGGGGAAGACCAGAGAGAAGAAGGCCAGGAUUGCACAGCUGGUCCGCGGGGUGGAUACUCGUACCCCGGGAACGUCAAAGUGUACCGCGGGGAAUGGUGGUGAGCUGCAAAUCGAUGAAGUUGAAUUGCAAUUGCACAAACUAGAUGAGGCAGUUGUGAUUGCGACUUGUUUGAUGAUGUUGAAGAAGGAAAUGGAUCGCCGGAGAAUGUUGCAAUUUGCAAUGAUCGCGGGAGCUGGUAGUUAA